ACCUCUUCCAGCCUUUUGUGGGCUUCACAGGUAAAUAAACUGAGCAGGAUUUUCCUUGCAGUUACUUCUGCUUGCUGAUGAGAGACCACUGGGCUGCUAGACUGCAGAAAAGAAAAUAGGAAGACUAUCUCCCCUCUGCUUUCAGUGCUCCCCUUCCGGCACUCGGAUAAUGAAGAGGAGGUUAGUGGAUGACAGAUGUGUGGUUCAGCCAGAGGCAGGUGACCUUGCUAACCCUCCAAAGAAGUUCAGAGACUGCCUUUUCAAGGUGUGUCCUAUGAACCGAUAUUCAGCCCAGAAGCAAUACUGGAAAGCCAAACAAGCCAAACAAGGAAACCAUACCGAAGCAGCACUGCUGAAGAAACUUCAACAUGCAGCAGAACUGGAGCAAAAGCAGAAUGAAAGUGAGAACAGAAAGCUGUUGGGUGAAAUUGUCAAAUAUAGCAACGUCAUACAGUUGCUACAUAUAAAAAGUAACAAAUACCUCACGGUCAAUAAGAGAUUGCCGGCUCUGCUAGAGAAGAAUGCUAUGCGGGUGUCUCUGGAUGCUGCAGGGAAUGAGGGAUCCUGGUUUUAUAUCCAGCCAUUUUGGAAACUGAGGAGUGAAGGUGACAAUGUUGUCGUGGGAGACAAAGUUGUACUGAUGCCAGUAAAUGCAGGGCAGCCUCUGCAUGCCAGCAACAUUGAGCUUCUAGAUAACCCCGGCUGCAAAGAGGUGAAUGCUGUUAAUUGUAACACAAGCUGGAAAAUAACUUUGUUCAUGAAAUUCAGUAGUUACCGAGAUGAUGUACUGAAAGGAGGAGAUGUUGUCAGAUUGUUUCAUGCAGAGCAAGAGAAGUUUCUGACCUGUGAUGAAUAUGAGAAGAAACAACAUAUUUUCCUUCGUACUACAUUGCGUCAAUCAGCCACUUCUGCAACAAGUUCUAAAGCACUAUGGGAAAUAGAGGUUGUCCAUCAUGACCCUUGCCGGGGAGGGGCAGGGCAAUGGAAUAGCUUGUUUAGAUUUAAGCACUUGGCAACUGGAAACUACUUAGCUGCAGAGCUUAACCCACACUAUCCGGAAGGUAAUAAUGAAGGAAAAGCUUUGCAGAGAGACGGCGACCUUCCUGCUUCAAAGAAGAAACGCCAAGCAGGGGAGAAGAUUAUGUAUACUUUGGUCUCUGUGCCACAUGGAAAUGACAUUGCAUCUCUCUUUGAACUGGAUGCCACCACUCUUCAGAGAGCUGAUUGCCUGGUUCCAAGGAAUUCAUAUGUCCGACUGAGACAUUUAUGCACUAAUACUUGGGUCACUAGUACUAGUAUUCCAAUAGAUACUGAUGAAGAGAGGCCUGUGAUGUUGAAGAUUGGGACGUGCCAAACAAAAGAGGACAAGGAAGCUUUUGCCAUUGUAUCAGUUCCUCUGUCUGAGGUCAGAGACUUGGACUUUGCCAAUGACGCCAACAAGGUUUUAGCAUCAACUGUUAAAAAGCUGGAGAAUGGAACAAUAACCCAGAAUGAAAGGAGGUUUGUAACCAAGUUACUAGAAGAUCUCAUUUUCUUUGUUGCUGAUGUGCCUAAUAAUGGGCAAGAAGUUUUGGAUGUGGUCAUUACCAAGCCAAACCGUGAACGACAAAAAUUAAUGAGGGAACAAAAUAUAUUGGCCCAGGUAUUUGGGAUCCUCAAAGCUCCUUUUAAGGACAAAGGUGAAGGAUCGAUGCUGAGACUUGAAGAUCUAGGUGACCAGAGAUACGCUCCAUACAAAUACAUGUUAAGAUUAUGUUACAGAGUUCUCAGACAUUCACAGCAAGACUAUAGGAAGAACCAGGAAUAUAUUGCAAAGAACUUCUGUGUCAUGCAAUCCCAGAUUGGUUAUGAUAUUCUGGCAGAAGACACCAUCACAGCUUUGUUGCACAACAACAGAAAACUGCUAGAGAAACACAUCACGGCUAAAGAAAUAGAGACAUUUGUUAAUUUACUCAGGAGAAAUCGAGAGCCAAGAUUCUUGGAUUAUCUAUCAGACCUGUGUGUAUCUAACACCACAGCAAUACCUGUAACUCAGGAACUCAUCUGCAAGUUUAUGCUGAGCCCAGGAAAUGCUGACAUUCUCAUUCAGACCAAGUUGGUCUCUGCACAGAUGGACAAUCCUUUGGAAUGCCCAGUCAUCUCAGAUGACAUUGAUGACGAGGAAGUGUGGCUGUACUGGAUUGACAGCAACAAGGAACCUCAUGGCAAAGCCAUCAGACAUCUGGCUCAGGAGGCGAAGGAAGGCACAAAAGCGGAUAUAGAAGUUCUUACCUACUACAGGUAUCAACUGAACCUCUUUGCAAGAAUGUGCCUGGACCGCCAAUAUCUAGCCAUCAACCAGAUUUCUGCACAGCUGUCAGUAGACUUGAUCCUACGAUGUAUGUCUGACGAAAGCCUCCCUUACGACCUCCGGGCUUCUUUUUGCCGUCUGAUGCUACACAUGCAUGUAGACAGAGAUCCUCAGGAAUCUGUGGUACCUGUCAGAUAUGCAAGACUGUGGACUGAAAUUCCUACUAAGAUCACAAUCCAUGAGUAUGAUUCUUUCACAGAUUCUUCAAGGAAUGAAAUGAAGAGGAAAUUUGCACUGACUAUGGAAUUUGUGGAAGAGUAUUUGAAAGAAGUUGUAAAUCAGCCCUUUCCUUUUGGAGACAAGGAGAAAAAUAAGCUUACAUUUGAGGUGGUACAUCUGGCUCGAAACCUCAUAUAUUUUGGCUUUUACAGUUUUAGUGAGCUUCUCAGACUGACCCGGACACUGCUGGCAAUUCUAGAUAUUGUUCAAGUUCCUAUGUCGUCAUACUUCGAAAGGCUGAGCAAGUUUCAGGAUGGAGGAAACAAUGUUAUGAGGACCAUCCAUGGUGUAGGAGAGAUGAUGACCCAAAUGGUAUUGAGCAGAGGAUCUAUAUUUCCCAUCAGUGCCCCUGAUGUACCGCCAAGCAUCCACCCAAGCAAGCAAGCCAGCACCUCAGAGAGUGAAGAUGUGAUCGUAAUGGACACCAAACUGAAAAUCAUUGAAAUUUUGCAGUUUAUUCUCAGUGUUAGACUGGACUAUAGAAUAUCCUACAUGCUGUCUAUCUAUAAGAGAGAGUUUGGAGAAAACAAUGAAAACGUUGAUAGCUCUACAGCUUCCCCGUCUGACACACCAGGGAUUGCCUCAGCAAUUGUUCCUGACAUAGAUGAAAUUGCAGCUCAGGCUGAAACCAUGUUUGCUGGCAGAAAAGAAAAAAAUGCUGUUCAGCUUGAUGAUGAAGGGGGCAGAACUUUUUUACGGGUCCUCAUUCACCUCAUCAUGCAUGACUACCCUCCUUUGCUCUCAGGCGCUCUGCAUCUGCUCUUUAAGCACUUCAGCCAGAGAGCAGAAGUUCUGCAAGCAUUUAAGCAGGUUCAGUUGCUGGUGUCUAAUCAAGAUGUGGAUAACUACAAGCAAAUCAAGGCUGAUCUUGAUCAGCUACGUCUAACUGUAGAAAAAUCUGAACUGUGGGUUGAGAAGAGCAGCAAUUACGAGAGUGGAGAGGUGGGCGACAAUCAAACCAAAGGGGGAGAAGAACCAAUAGAGGAGCCAAAUAUUUUGAGUCCAAUACAGGAUGGGACCAAAAAACCACAGAUAGACAGCAAUAAAAGCAAUAACUACAACAUUGUUAAGGAGAUUUUGAUUCGACUCAGCAAACUUUGUGUUCAGAAUAAAAAGUGUCGGAAUCAGCAGCAGCGAUUGCUGAAAAACAUGGGCGCCCACUUGGUGGUCUUGGACCUUCUGCAGAUACCCUAUGAAAAGAGUGAUGAAAAGAUGAAUGAAGUUAUGAAUCUAGCCCAUACUUUUCUUCAGAAUUUCUGUCGAGGAAAUCCUCAGAAUCAAGUUCUUCUCCACAAAAAUCUCAAUUUAUUCUUAACUCCGGGGCUUCUGGAAGCUGAAACCAUGCGGCAUAUCUUCAUGAAUAAUUACCUUCUGUGUAAUGAAAUCAGUGAGAGAGUGGUGCAGCACUUUGUACACUGCAUUGAGACCCAUGGCCGUCAUGUGGAAUACCUGCGUUUCCUGCAGACCAUUGUAAAAGCAGAUGGCAAAUACGUGAAAAAAUGCCAGGACAUGGUAAUGACAGAGGUAAGUUCAGAGCGAGAUCGAGCAGAUGAGAGCGGACCCUUAGCCUAUCAUGUUACGCUAGUGGAAUUGCUGGCAGCUUGCACAGAAGGAAAGAAUGUGUAUACGGAGAUCAAGUGCAAUUCACUCCUACCACUGGAUGAUAUAGUGAGAGUAGUGACCCAUGAUGAUUGCAUACCUGAGGUGAAAAUUGCCUAUGUUAAUUUUGUUAACCACUGUUAUGUGGACACUGAAGUGGAAAUGAAAGAAAUCUAUGCCAGUAACCAUAUUUGGAAAUUAUUUGAGAACUUCCUUGUUGAUAUGGCAAGGGUUUGUAACACAACCACAGAUCGAAAACAUGCAGACACUUCUCUGGAGAAAUAUGUCACAGAACCAGUAAUGAACAUUGUGAGUGGCUUCUUCAAUUCUCCGUUUUCAGAUAACAGCACCAGCCUCCAGACUCAUCAGCCUGUUUUUAUUCAGCUGCUGCAAUCUGCUUUUAGAAUUUACAACUGUACCUGGCCAAACCCGACUCAGAAAGCCUCAGUGGAGUCAUGUAUCAAAACUUUGGCUGAAGUAGCAAAGAACCGUGGGAUUGCAAUUCCAGUCGAUUUGGACAGUCAGGUUAACACCUUGUUCAUGAAGAGUCACUCUAACAUGGUGCAGAGAGCAGCCAUGGGGUGGAGGAUGUCAGCCCGCAGUGGACCUCGUUUUAAAGAAGCUCUUGGUGGACCUGCCUGGGAUUACAGGAAUAUCAUAGAAAAACUGCAGGAUGUAGUGUCCUCCUUGGAGCAGCAGUUCACUCCCAUGAUGCAGGCUGAAUUCUCAGUGCUGGUUGAUGUGCUGCACAGUCCAGAGCUUCUUUUUCCUGAGGGAAGCGAUGCCAGAAUAAGAUGUGGUGCUUUCAUGUCCAAGUUGAUUAAUCACACAAAGAAGCUAAUGGAGAAAGAAGAGAAGCUCUGCAUUAAAAUUCUUCAGACAUUACGAGAAAUGCUUGACAAGAAAACUAACUUUGCGGAAGAGGGCAACACUUUAAGGAAAAUACUCCUGUAUCGCUACUUUAAAGGAGACUAUGGAAGUGGUAUGAAUGGGCCUCUGUCUGGUAGCUACAGCAAAACUACGCAAGUGGGAGGUGGAUUUUCAGGACAAGACUCAGAUAAGUCUGGGGUAUCCAUGUUUGAUAUUCAGUGCCUUCUGGAUAAAGAAGGGGCAUCAGAACUAGUCAUAGAUGUUAUAGUAAACACCAAAAAUGACAGAAUCUUCUCAGAAGGCAUUUUACUUGGUAUUGCCUUGCUCGAAGGUGGAAAUACACAAACACAGUAUUCGACUUACCAGCAAUUGAAGGAACAAAAAAAGUCAGAAAAAUUCUUUAAAGUCCUGUAUGACCGCAUGAAAGCUGCUCAGCAGGAGAUACGAUCAACAGUUACAGUUAAUACCAUUGAUUUGGGGAGCAAAAAGAAAGAUGAUGAUAGUGACCUAACUGUAUCUGUUCCCAAAAAGAGAGUAAAGGAUUCAACACUGCAUCUGAAAGAGGGUAUGAAAGGGCAAUUAACAGAAGCAUCUUCUGCGACGUCCAAGGCUUACUCUGUGUACAGGAGAGAAAUGGACCCAGAAAUAGAUCUUAUGGGCUCAGGAACAGAUGCUGCAAAUGCAGAAGAGAAGUCCACAGAAGAAGCGAUAAUGAGCCCUGCUAUCACAAUCAUGCAGCCAAUAUUGAGAUUUCUUCAGCUGCUGUGCGAGAACCACAACCGAGAGCUCCAGAAUUUUUUAAGACAUCAGAACAACAAAACAAAUUACAACCUUGUUUGUGAGACCCUUCAGUUUUUGGACUGUAUCUGUGGAAGUACAACAGGUGGACUGGGCUUACUGGGACUUUACAUCAAUGAGAGGAAUGUGGCUCUUGUGAACCAGACUCUGGAAAGCUUGACUGAAUAUUGCCAAGGUCCAUGCCAUGAAAAUCAGACCUGCAUAGCCACUCAUGAGUCUAAUGGCAUUGAUAUUAUAAUUGCACUCAUCCUGAAUGACAUAAACCCUCUUGGCAAAUACUGCAUGGACUUGGUGCUUCAGCUAAAGAACAAUGCCUCCAAGCUUUUGCUGGCUAUUAUGGAAAGCAGGCAUGACAGUGAGAAUGCGGAAAGAAUCCUUUUCAACAUGAGACCAAGGGAACUGGUGGAUGUGAUGAAGAAUGCAUAUAACCAAGGUCUAGAAUGUGACCAUGAGGAGGAAAAUGGAGAUGAUGGCAUCUCCCCAAAAGAUGUUGGCCAUAAUAUCUAUAUACUGGCACAUCAGUUGGCUCGCCACAAUAAAACAUUGCAGCAGAUGCUGAAGCCAGGGUCAGAUCCAGAUGAAGGAGAUGAAGCCUUGAGGUAUUAUGCCAAUCAUACGGCGCAGAUAGAGAUUGUUCGUCACGAUAGAACAAUGGAACAGAUUGUCUUCCCUGUCCCCAAUAUCUGUGAAUUCCUGACUCGGGAAUCCAAAAGUCGUGUAUUCAAUACUACAGACAGAGAUGAGCAAGGGAGCAAAGUGAAUGACUUUUUCCAACAGACAGAGGAUCUGUACAAUGAAAUGAAAUGGCAAAAGAAAAUUCGGAAUAACCCACCCCUGUUCUGGUUUUCUAGACACAUCUCUCUCUGGGGGAGCAUUUCCUUCAACCUUGCUGUAUUUAUCAACUUAGCGGUUGCUCUGUUCUACCCCUUUGGAGAUGAUGGAGAUGAAGGCACGCUUUCUCCGUUGUUUUCAGUCCUCCUUUGGAUAGCAGUGGCGCUUUGUACAGCGAUGCUGUUUUUCAUCUCCAAGCCUGUUGGUAUUCGACCCUUUUUGGUGUCUGUUAUCCUCAGGUCUAUAUAUACUAUAGGGCUCGGUCCCACCUUGAUACUUCUUGGUGCUGCUAAUCUUUGUAACAAAAUAGUGUUUCUGGUGAGCUUUGUUGGGAAUCGUGGAACAUUUACUCGUGGCUACAGAGCGGUCAUCAUGGACAUGGCUUUUCUCUAUCACGUAGCGUAUGUCCUGGUCUGCAUGCUGGGCCUCUGUGUGCAUGAAUUCUUCUAUAGUUUCCUGCUGUUUGAUCUGGUGUACAGAGAGGAGACUUUGCUAAAUGUGAUAAAGAGUGUUACCCGAAAUGGUCGUUCCAUUAUCCUCACUGCAGUGCUAGCACUCAUCCUAGUUUAUCUCUUCUCCAUCAUUGGAUUCCUGUUCUUGAAAGAUGACUUCAUCAUGGAGGUGGACAGGCUGAAAAUCAGGACCCCUGUUACAGGUUUUGGUGAAGUCCCCACCACAACCCUCACAUCAAUGAUGGGAGCCUGUGCAAAAGAGAACUGUUCUACAAGCAUCCCAGUUAUUAACCCAGGUGAGGAAGAGGAGGAUGGACUUGAAAGGACCUGUGACACCCUGCUCAUGUGCAUUGUGACAGUACUAAACCAAGGCCUGCGAAAUGGUGGUGGCGUGGGAGACGUGCUCAGAAAGCCUUCCAAAGAUGAGCCCUUGUUUGCUGCGCGAGUUGUUUAUGAUCUUCUGUUUUAUUUCAUUGUCAUAAUUAUUGUUCUAAACCUAAUCUUUGGAGUCAUCAUUGAUACAUUUGCUGAUCUCAGAAGUGAAAAGCAGAAAAAAGAGGAAAUACUGAAGACAACCUGUUUCAUCUGCGGACUGGAGAGAGACAAAUUUGAUAACAAGACAGUUUCAUUUGAAGAGCAUAUAAAGUCAGAACACAACAUGUGGCAUUAUUUGUACUUUAUAGUUCUUGUCAAAGUUAAAGAUCCAACUGAAUACACUGGUCCUGAGAGCUAUGUGGCACAAAUGAUUGUGGAGAAGAAUUUGGACUGGUUCCCUCGGAUGAGAGCCAUGUCCCUGGUUAGCAACGAAGGUGACAGUGAGCAAAAUGAAAUUAGGAACCUGCAAGAGAGGCUGGAGUCAACCAUGAGCCUUGUGAAACAGCUUUCCAGCCAGCUUGCUGAGCUCAAGGAACAGAUGACAGAACAAAGGAAGAAUAAGCAGAGGCUGGGCUUUCUCGGAUCAAACACACCCCAUGUGAAUCAUCACAUGCCACCACCCUGAUACCAUGGGGAGAAGCCGUGACUAGCCUUUCAUCAGUAUUCCUGCUUUAUUAUAGAAUAAAAAGCUGAGAUUGAGAGGAGUGAACAGUGCCUAUUGUUACAAAGUUAAAAACAACCAAGUGCCAAGAUGUUAAGUGGCUUAGCUCUGGGAACAAUUUGUAGCUGUUUUUCAAUGGUUGAAAGGGACCACAACCUAGAAUGGGAGAGAUUCAAGGGAGAUGGUUUGUAUUCGUCCAGGGGGCCCCGCUCAGCUGGGCUCGCGCUCUGCAGCUCAAUGGCUUCAGCGGUAACUGUGUGCGGUGCACGUCCGGGCAGCGUUCGGCCGCAUCCUUAGAGCUGCCUUAGGAUUUCUCCGUCACGCAGUGGAAUAACCACGACGAGCAGAAGGAGAGAAGUUUAUUAGCGCAAAUGCAACGGCCUGGUUCAGAAUCAAUAGAAGUUAUUUCAUGUCUUGUUUGCCAAGUAGCAACAUUAGUCAUAUUUGCUUGGCAUUUACUAUUUUUUAAUUACCGUAAAUAUGUCAGUGGGGAAAGCAAUAAUGUUGCUUCAAGUUAACUUCUGCUAGGAGGGAAAGGGGAGAAACCUCAAAAGACUGAAAAAAGAAGAAGAAAAAAAAGAAAAAGAGUUGCAAAGAGAAACAUUAACGCUUUUGAAUUUUAGCUGUCACCAUGCAAUUUCUUAUUUAUAACAUGGAGCGCAAUGGAUCUACAGCUGUGGGAAUGUUAUGCGCAUAACACUGACAACAUAACUGGAAGUGAUUUCUUUCUCCUGGAUUCAGAUGUUCUCGAUUAACAUGGCUGUGAGAUUUCACAUACUGAGGAGUUAAACUGUGUUUUAAAUUCAGGUUCCAGUGGAGGAUUCAGGAAAAAAAAUUACACCUAUAGUUUGAGGCGUGUACGGGAAAUCUUUUUGUUUCUUGUAAAAAGCUUAGAAACGUCUUUCUAGGGGGAGUCGUAAUGGUGUCAUUACCUCCCAUAAACACACCAUCAGCAAGGGCUGACUUCAGUAAAUAAGCACCAUGCUCUGCCAGCUUUCUUCUGAGCUAAGGAUCCUGGGUUUAACCUUCCUUUGCCCUUCCUUCCGGGAUUCAGGGGUUUGGGGGACUGGCCUCUCCAGGAAGGCCUGGGUGGUGGGGGACAGGGGAAAAUGCUCAAGCAGGUCCCUUCUCAUUCUGGGCUCGAAGAAAGGCAGCAGCUGAGUCGCCUGUGCGGGGUUCUGCUCUUUACUGUAUUUUCUGGGAUGAUUUUAAAAAGAAAAGUCACAGGGUCUCCACAAGAGCCCAAGAGGCUUUUAGGGGAGGAUUUUCAGGGCGCAAGUGGGAGUUGCAGUCCCGGUUCACUUUCCUUUUCGGUGGAAUUUGGACACCUCAUUGUGCUUGGUGCCUGUGAACAUGUCUCCAUUAAGUGGAGGGUGUUAGUAACAGUGCAGUCAAUUUUUAAACCAAAAUAUUUUUGCAAUGAUUUCCCCUGUGACAUUCCCAUUUUGUUAAAAAAGUCAUUUUGAUCAAAGAUGAAAAUGUUAUUGGCUCCAGUAUUUCUAAUAUAUCCCUAAAGAAAUCCUAUCUUACUAUUAUGACACAAUUCAGACCAACAGACCUAGACUAGAGGGAAAGGAGGAGCAUUUCCCUCCCUUAAUCCCAAAUUCAGACCUGUUCUUAGAAGCCAUCUCUUUUGCUUGUCAAUGAGCUGGAGGAGAUAAAAAUAAUAUAUUUCAGGGUCUGAUUGUUCUACCAUUAGAACAUUUCCCUUUGGCUUCAGUUGGGUCCCUCAAAAAUACAGUGUGGAAGGCAGGGUUUUGUGUAUUUUAUGAAGAGAAAGUCUCUAUCUUUGCAGAGUGCACUGUUGGCUUUCCUUUAGCCCACAGAGCAUCCUGGUUGUGAGAGGUGACAGCUGUGUGUAAGUUCAGGGUGUGUUUUUCCUGUAAGAAGUUCUCCCAGAAACUUUGAUGCAGCCAACGCUCUGCCUUCAUGCGCUAAGGUGAAGAGCAACUGUUGGUUACCAGCAGUGGUACAAACGCAAUAGAAGGGAGUCAUGAGGGACUAAAUAAUUUCCUACAUACACCUCUUCUGCUGGUAUCCUACUCUCAGCCCCAGUGCAGCCAGGCUUCAGCUCGUCCCCAGGCAGGAGGAGUUCUUGAAGGCAGCAGAAGCUGGGCUCGAGCUGAUCUAGACUGCACUUGUGCAUCCAAGGCAGGAGUUAUAUUUCCCAUUCAAUGUUAUCUGAUCUUCUUGGAGAGAAGGAACAAAUGCAGCUGUGGCCUGGGGAGCUGAUGGCAGGAAAUCUCCUAGGCAAGAAGGGAGCUUGCAGCAGAAUGCGGAAGAGCAGUUGUCGUCAAUGGAUGACUGAGAUCUGUUAGGAAUAAAUCUUGGAGCAUGCUUUGCUUUCAUGCUUUUUGUAUAUGAGGCCUCGAUGCUCCUCCUCUGGUGAGGCAGUGCUGGUGGAAACCCCUGCAGUAAGCCUUGUCUCUCCGUGAGGAAGGGGCUUCAUGUACCAGAUAGCCUUUGGCACUGCGAGACUUCCAGGGAAUUUAUUCAGGGAUUUUUGCAUCAGCCGUGUGCCGUGCAGCAACCAACCUCCAGUGUAAAAUAAGGCCACGUUUGUCUCUCUGACUAGACCUGUUGUAAACCAUGAAGCCAAAGGACUUCCGCGCAAAUGUGAAAUCACCCUAACUUUGUAGAAACUCAGACCCUACAGCUGUUUAAUUCAAAUUAGCUUAUGCAGUUCAUCCGAUCUAGUCACAGCUUUUUGUUUUAAUUUCCUCUUCCCCACACACAUAUGGUUAUUAGUGGUAUAAGGCACAGUUUAUUGGAACUAAGAUACAUUAAAUGAUCACUAUUUAUUGGGGGGUGAGGGUUGGCUAAUACUGGAAGUAGUUGGCACUUUUGUUGUUUACGCUUGGCAAAUCAACAGAACCACUGCACAUAAAGGGAGGUUUCUGCUGUUUGAGCUGGAAAACUUGAGAACUGAUGUUUUUGUGCCCUGAGUUUGUGCCUGCAGUUGCAUGCUGCCGGUGCUCUCUCUGUCCUGCACCCUGACUGUCACCCGCCUCAGCUCAAGAGCCCAGCUAUUGCUGUCUAGAAGGGAGAGCUGAAAUGUCAAAAAUUAAGAGCUAAUAGAUGCCAAUUAGCAUUUGCCACGGUGCCUUUCUGCUGUUUAUAGCUUCGGAGAAAGACCUCCAUAAUCGAUAAAAGUAGGUAAUGCUACUUGCACAGAUUGUAAAUAUAUUUCACUGGCGCAUUUUGACAUUUUUGCUGAUUCUGCCAAAGCUUAGGCUCUAUCCUGCAGCUCUCAUCCAUGUGAGCAGUCCAUUCCCAUGCAAGUAGUAACUUCAGCAGGAGACUUCUUACAUGAAUAGCAGUUGCAGGGCCAGAGCCCAAGCCUUAGAGUUUGUGAAAUAUCUCCAUCAGUAAGUUUGUAACAAGGGAAACAAAAAUCAUUGUUUUAUACAUAUAUUUAUAUGUAUAUCUUUGUUUAAUGCAGCAGGGGUAUCCUCUUUUUAGGCAAGCAUCAGCUGUUAUACUUACCUAUUUAUAUGAAAUGAUUGCAAAGAAGUUAAAACAUCUAAGAGCUUUUUAUGCCUUAGAGAGAUUUAUAAUUAUAAGCUCCUUGACAGUUAAAAUCUACUUAAGUAAAUAUGUCCAUUGCUGCUGAAUGUAACUUUUAAUA